CCGCCAAGCUCUCCUCUGGCCCGCUAGCGGAGGCGGUUUCAGGGUAGCGCAACUGUUUUGGCUGCAACGGGCACCGCGACCAUGCCGUAGAACGAAGCACGAGAGGCUGGGUUUUACCAUCGCACUGGGUGCCCCUUAACUUUGAGAGCCCAACAUCCACUGCCGCAAAGAUGGAGAAGACGUACUCUCUGACGGCGCACUAUGAUGAGUUCCAGGAGGUGAGGUACGUCAGCAAGUACAGCAGCAGCGGCACCCUGCCCAACGGGUUCAACCUUCAGCUGGGCGCACCGGUGCCCAAGAAGCCUCGCUGCGGACUUCCCCGCUGGAGCCGGCGCGAGAUCUGCCUCCUCUCGGGCCUGGUCUUCGCAGCGGGGCUCUGCGUCAUUCUUGGCUGCAUCCUGGUUUUGAAAUAUGUGGCCCUCGAAUAUGACGCCUACUGCCUCAAGGGCUGCCAGGAGCGCAAGGCCCUGGUCAAGGUGUCCCGCUUCGUCGCCGGCAACAUUGACCACACCAUUGACCCCUGUAAAGACUUCUACUCCUUUGCCUGUGGCGGCUGGCUGAGGCGGCACGCCAUCCCUGAGGACAAGCUCAUCUAUGGCAUCAUCGCCGCCAUCGGCGAGCAGAACGAGGAGAAGCUGCGGCGUCUGCUGCUGAGGCCCAUCCGAAGGCCCUACCAGGCCUCGGCCGAGCGGAAGGUCAAGGAAUUCUUCCGCUCCUGCCUGGACAUGGCUGAGAUCGACCAGCAGGGCGCACGGCCCAUGCUGGACGUCCUCGAGGACUGUGGCGGAUGGGACAUGGCCGCCACCACAGCCAGGCAGGCGCGAUGGGACUUCAACGAGCUCCUCUACAAGACGCAGGGGGUCUACAGCACGGCUGUCUUCUUCUCCCUCACGGUCAACUUGGACGACAAGAACUCCUCGCGCUACGUUAUCCGGAUUGAUCAAGAUGGUCUGACGUUGUCCGAGAGGACCCUCUACUUGGGACAGGAUGAGGAGAGUGAAAAGAUCUUGGCUGCCUAUCGCAUCUUCAUGGAGAGGCUGUUGAGUUUGCUGGGCGCUGAGAACGUGGAGCAGAAAGCCAGCGAGAUUCUGCAGCUGGAGCAAAGGCUGGCCAAUAUUACGGUCUCCGAGUACGACGACCUGCGCAGGGACAUCAACUCCAUGUACAACAAGGUGACCCUGGGAGAACUACAGCGCAUCACACCUCAUUUCAAAUGGAAGAGGCUCCUUGACAGAAUAUUCCAUGACAAUUUUUCCGAGGACGAGGAGGUGGUGCUGUUGGCCACAGACUACAUGCAGAGGGUGUCCGAGCUUAUCCACACCACACCUAUCAGGAUCCUCCACAACUACAUGCUGUGGCGCAUUGCAGUGGUGCUGAGCGAGCAUCUCUCGACGCCCUUCCGAGACGCCAUCCACGAGCUCGCCAAGGAGAUGGAGGGGCCGAGAAGCAGUGGAGCUGGGAAAGUGUGCUUAAGCCAGGCCAACAAGCACUUCGGGAUGGCUUUGGGCGCUCUCUUUGUGGAAGAACACUUCUCUUCUGCCAGCAAGGCCAAGGUGCAGCAGUUAGUGGAAGACAUCAAACACAUCCUGGACCGUCGACUGGAAGAAUUGGACUGGAUGGAUGAGGAGACACGGCGGGCGGCUAGAGCCAAGCUGCAACACAUGAUGGUGAUGAUCGGCUACCCAGACUUCCUGCUCAACCCAGAAGCGAUUGACAAGGAAUACGAGUUUGAGGUCCAUGAGAAAACCUACUUCAAGAACAUCCUCAACAGCAUCAAAUUCAGCAUUAAGCUGUCAGUGAAGAAGAUCCGGCAGGAAGUGGACAAGUCGGCGUGGCUGUUGCCUCCCCAGGCGCUGAACGCUUACUACCUUCCCAACAAGAACCAAAUGGUGUUCCCAGCUGGAAUUCUUCAACCCACGCUGUAUGACCCAGAGUUUCCACAGUCCCUGAAUUACGGCGGGAUCGGAACAAUUAUUGGACAUGAGCUGACACAUGGUUACGAUGACUGGGGAGGCCAGUACGAUCGCCACGGCAACCUGAUGCACUGGUGGACCGACUCCUCCUACAGCAAGUUCCUCAAGAAGGCAGAGUGCAUCGUCAACCUGUACGACAACUUCACCGUCUACAACCAGAGGGUGAACGGGAAGCAUACCCUUGGGGAGAACAUUGCCGAUAUGGGGGGACUUAAGCUCGCCUACUAUGCCUAUCAGAAGUGGGUGCGGGAAAACGGUCCCGAGAACCCUCUCCACCCGCUCAAAUACACCCACGAACAACUUUUCUUCAUCGCUUUUGCCCAGAAUUGGUGCAUCAAACGGCGCUCGCAAUCCAUCUACCUGCAGGUCCUGACCGACAAACACGCCCCUGAACACUACAGGGUCCUGGGCAGCGUCUCGCAGUUCGAGGAGUUCGGCCGGGUCUUCCACUGCCCCAAGAACUCGCCCAUGAACCCAGCUCACAAAUGCUCCGUCUGGUGAAAGAGCCGCCCGCUCCAUCCUGAAACACUCGCCGAGCUCACUUGCCACCACUCUAAACCUCGUUGCCCACCGCCUGGACAUAGAAAAAUG